ACAAAACCCGUCGGUGCGGCCGGUGGGUUGCGCGCUGCUUCUCUCCGAUCGUUCUUUUCUUUCCUCUCCUUUCCCCCUCCCCACUCCCUCCUCCCCGCCCCGCUCCGACCCGCCGGGCCAGUUCUGCCUCCUCCAGACAUGACACAAGACUACGACAAUAAAAGACCUGUGUUGGUUCUUCAGAAUGACUCUCUCUACUCUCAGAGACGUCCUUAUACCAGUGAAGAUGAAGCUUGGAAAACCUUUCUGGAAAAUCCCCUUACAGCAGCUACCAAAGCUAUGAUGAGCAUCAAUGGUGAUGAAGACAGUGCAGCUGCCCUUGGACUGCUGUAUGAUUACUACAAGGUUCCAAGGGAGAGGAGAGCUUCCACAGCUAAACCAGAGGUAGAACAUCCUGACCAAGACCAUAGCAAAAGGAACAACAUUCCAAAUGUGACAGAACAGUCGCUCAUUUCUGCUGGAGAAAACAGAGUCCAGGUUCUGAAAAAUGUGCCUUUCAAUAUUGUCCUUCCACACACGCCCCAGAUGGGCAUGGACAAGAGAGGCCACCUUACAACCCCUGACACUACGGUCACUGUUUCAAUUGCCACAAUGCCCACCCAUUCCAUCAAAACAGAGACGCAGCCCCAUAGCUUUGCGGUGGGCAUCCCACCAAGCGUCUAUCAUCCCGAGCCCCCUGAGCGAGUGGUGGUCUUCGACAGGAACCUCAAUCCUGACCAGUUCAGUUCCAACACCCAGCCUCAAAACUCCCAGAGGCGAACGCCGGACUCCACCUUCUCAGAAACCUUCAAGGAGGGUGUGCAAGAGGUUUUCUUUCCUACUGAACUGAACCUCCGGAUGGCCAACAUGAAUUCAGAAGAUUAUGUGUUUGACAGCAUUUCUGGGAAUAACUUUGAAUACACUCUGGAAGCCUCCAAGUCCCUCCGACAGAAGCCUGGGGACAGCACGAUGACUUACCUGAAUAAAGGUCAAUUUUACCCGAUCACGCUGAAAGAAGUCAGCAGCAGUGAAGGAAUCCAUCACCCCAUCAGUAAAGUCCGAAGUGUCAUCAUGGUUGUGUUUGCUGAAGACAAAACAAGAGAAGAUCAGCUCAGGCACUGGAAAUACUGGCACUCAAGACAGCACACGGCCAAACAAAGAUGCAUUGACAUAGCUGACUACAAGGAGAGCUUCAACACCAUCAGUAACAUUGAGGAGAUUGCAUACAAUGCCAUAUCCUUCACUUGGGACAUCAAUGAGGAAGCAAAGGUUUUCAUUUCUGUGAACUGCCUCAGCACGGAUUUCUCCUCUCAGAAGGGAGUUAAAGGCCUACCCCUGAAUCUUCAGAUUGACACCUACAGCUACAAUAACAGGAGUAACAAGCCUGUCCACAGAGCCUACUGCCAGAUUAAAGUCUUCUGUGACAAGGGAGCUGAGAGGAAGAUCAGGGAUGAAGAACGAAAGCAAAGCAAAAGAAAAGGCAAGUGCACUGACCCCAGCUCUCAAUUGAAUGCCUUUUCUGAUGUCAAAGUGCCAAUGCUUCCCUCACACAAACGUACGGACAUCACCAUCUUCAAGCCCUUCAUGGAUCUAGACACUCAGCCAGUCCUUUUCAUUCCUGAUGUUCACUUUGCAAAUCUUCAGCGUGGUGCUCACGUCCUUCCUGUUGCUUCAGAAGAACUGGAGGGUGAAAGCUCCAACCUGAAGAGAGGGGCCUAUAUCGGUGAAGAGGACUUUAUUGCUACUCCCAAUAAGAUGGCCAGAAUAGAAGAACCAAAAAGAGUGUUGCUCUAUGUCCGGAAAGAAUCAGAGGAAGUCUUUGAUGCGCUAAUGUUAAAGACGCCGUCUCUGAAAGGUCUAAUGGAAGCGAUAUCUGACAAGUAUGAGGUUCCUUUUGACAAGAUAGGAAAAAUCUUCAAAAAAUGUAAAAAAGGGAUUCUGGUCAACAUGGAUGAUAACAUCGUGAAACACUAUUCUAAUGAAGAUACCUUCCAGUUACAGAUUGAAGAAGUUGGAGGAUCCUACAAACUCACUCUCACUGAGAUCUAAGAUCAUGGAUCCUCUGUGGAUUUUAAACAAAGGUCUCAAGUGAACGUUUUCCCAUAAUUUAGGAUGUUGGGCAAAACACUAAUCGCCUUCUCCAGAAGAAAGCCAGAUGUAGAUUUGUUCUGGGGAGCAGAGGAGUGUUUUUCCUUAAUACAGGUUUUUUUUCUGUUCGUUCCAAAGGACAUUGUAAUACUCAUGACCUUAUUUGCACUUGAAAUGAGUGAGCAAAGAUAGGUGAUUAAAUAGAGUGUGUAUAAAACCACUAGUAAAUACAGGAGGGGAAAACCCCUGGAAGGUGGCCUUUUAGAGUGGUGAUAUCUUAUUUAUCUGUUCAGUAACCAUGUUUGAACCCGUUAUCAUCGAAUACCAUUUUAUUGGACUGUUUUCUGCUAGGUAGAGAUGCAAAACUAGUAAUUAAUACUAGUAGGAAUUGUGUGCAGGUUGGAGAAAAGUCUUUAUAAUGUUUACUCUUGAACAGGGCAGACUGUUGAAAUCACUUGUGUUGUUUGGGGGGGGAAUGUAAAACUGCCUUGCGUAUGAAGAACUCGCCUUAGUAAAUGUGUGAACUCUCAUCAGAUGAAGCUAUAUUGUAUAUAAGUGCAAUAUAUUUUUUGAAGGUUUGUAAAUGUGUAUAUACAAGUGAUAUAUAAUAUAUAAAAUAUGGUGUUCUGUAUAUACCGUGAAUAUAUGCAAUGAAGCCCAUCUAAAAGGAUGCCAUAUACAGAGAAAACGGAUAUUUAACAUAGCUAUUUAAAAAUGGACAAACCCUUAACAUGCACCAAAGGUGAGCACACGUUUGUACGUUCAUAGAAGGCACAAGAGACCUGCUUGUUCAACACGGAUCUUCCUGCGUGUAAAGAAAAAGGUACCAGCUCUCUCCUAAACCCUCCUGCACUGCAAGGCAACAGCAGUCCUGGCUUCUCUGAUGAGCUGCCAGUUGAGCCCUGAAAAGGUUGCACACCGCUGCUCUGGGAGGCGAUUUGGGCCAAGUCUGAGAGCUGGCUCUCAAGAGGAGCUGAGCACUUGUAGUUUCCUUGAAAUCUUAAGUCUGGGGGUCAGGAAGAAGAUCAUCUGGAGAGUGGAUUUUUUUUCUGUAGCAGUGUACCUAAGUCUCAGCUGGAUGCUGCCUGAACAGCAUCUCGUGCUGGAUGAACCCAAGGGCCAGAGCCAGCUUGCCAGGUCCUAGGAUGCUGACAACUGAAAGUGCACAGGCAAGGCUUUUGAGAGGAAGGUGGUGUCCCAGCGCAGAAGAUCAAGCGGUUGCAGGGACAAGGGGCCACAAGCAGGUUAUAAGCAUUCCUGAUGUAUGUGCAUUGCUAGGCAUUGACUCACUGCUGAGGUGGAGUGACCAAACGGGGAGCUGGUAGCAGGCAUCCUGAGCCUAGCCCCAGCUGGGAGUGCCAAACGGCUCCAAAAAAUACUGCUUUGCAGUAGAUCAUACAGUUAUUUACUUAUUUUGUGCAUGUGUUUAUGAAGGAAAGGCACACUCUGGAUAGUAGCAAGUGAGAAACAUUUAAGAGGCAGCACAAGGCUCUAAGGCAAAAACCUGCAUUAUGGGGUUGAGCAGAUGAGUGUGAGUAUCAGGUCCAGCAUCACUUAGUGCUUUUGUUAGGGAUCUGGAUAAUUAAAGAGAUAAAGAGACAGCACAAAGCUGGGAAGAGCUGCACGUGCCUUACCUAGGACGUGAAGGUCAAUCUGGAUAGGCUGGAGAAAUAGCCUGGAAAAGUAGGAUAUGAUUCUACUUAAUGGUUAACGAUUCUACUUAACGAAUUGUAACUGUGUGUUCAGCUGUGUCAUGCUGCUGUUUGGAAGAGGGAAACAAAUGCCAUGUUGAGUUGAUAAGCAGGAGCAUGGCCUACAAGAAACAGGAGACCUACCUUUUGCUCUAGUUGGCAUCACUGAGGCCUUGGCUGGAGCACUGUGCCCUGUGCUGAGCCCGGCCCUGCCAGCAGAGCCUGGUCCUAUCAGGUGUCCCAGAGAAGGCAGAUGGCCUGGUCCUUCAGCCUCUUCUGAGGAAGAGGGGCUGGAUGACUUGUCUGGUGAGAGGUCAUCUUCAGAAGGGAAUGUCAAGAGGAGCAGCCUCCCAACACACGGAAGUGUUCUUCCAGUCCGUUGCAAGCACAACAAGAAAUAGUGGGCAUAAAUUGCAGAAAUUUGGCUUAGGUGUUGAGGCAGUUUUCUCUAGUGAGAAAAGCAAGUUGCCCAGGGAGGUGGUGGAGUUUCCUCAGAGCCAGGUUAUGCAAAGGUUUCUCUAGACUGUCACGGGUAUAGUUGACUUUCCUUGGUGCUGAGACUUAGGUGACCACUUGAAGUCCUUCCUCACCAUAUUUUUUUAAUGAUUUAUAUGAAAUAUAGUAUUCUGGAAUCGAGCUGGUUCAUAGACUGCUCCAUUCACCCCUCCCUCCUCCUCCUCUUUCUCCUCCAUUGAUGGGCCUCACAGAGGCUUGCCGAUGCUCUGGGCACAAUGUGCUCCCCUCUUUGCUCUGUGGCUGGAGUUGAGCAAACUCUGGAUGAUGCAUCCAUGAUCGGGCGCAUGGACAGAGCCCGUGGGCUUGAAGCUGAAGGAGAGAAGCGGAUGCGCAGCACAAUGUUGAAGAGAGUUGGCUGACACAUACCACACCAUACAGGACUCCGUCGCCUGCAGAGCAGAGCAGCCACAGGACUCAUACCCAGCCAACACCAACCCACCGCUUGGGCUUCCCUUCAUCAGUCACGGGAAUAAUCUUACUAUGGCAAGGGAAUCUUUUUUUUAAACUUGAUAUAUAGAAUACGCAUAUAUUUACACAUUUUUAUUGAAAAUGGAAGUUUUAUUACAGGAACUCAGUCUAGGGUCAGGGAAGUAGAUUUAGAGUCUCCAUAGAGGUAGGAUUGACACGAAUGUUAUUUCUUUUUACUGCUUAAUGAAGUAUGUGAACUAAAUCUGACAAUUGUUUUCUGCUCCUAUGAUAUUCUGGGACACGGGUCUUAUAACAGUAGCAGCAAUGUCAUGUAUGUUUUACAAAACUGAUUUUUUUUUUCUGGUUUUGCCUGCUGUUUUUUAAUUGAAAAUGUAUUUUAAACCAAGCUAUUAAAUUUUAUAUGUUCAUUUCUAAUGA